AUGGAGGAUGAAGGCGGCGGCCAUCAUCCCCGCCUUGUUCAUCGGCAACAGCGGGCCUCCACCGACGGAGAUAAGGACGACCUCCUCGCGUUCUUCUCGUCCAAGGGGCUCCAGACCGGCAACGGCGCCGCCUAUUUCAAGCCGGAUGUGUCGGCAUAUUCACCCGGUCCGCGGACAUCGCCGCCAACACACAGUACGCCGCCAAGAUGGCCGGCAUGUCCAUGGCGUCCCCCCAUGGAUGUGGCGGACGUGGUGGCCAUCGUCAAGAGCGUCAACCCUGCCGCCACGCACGACCAAAUGGUACAGUACCUCAUGGUCUCCACCGAUCGGGCCUCGCUCAACACGACCGAGCCCCGUGGUAUGGACCUACGACACCGGCACGUACCCGGGGCACCCAACCGUGGGGGCGUGUGGCCCAACUACGGCGGCGUCAACGUUGGUACCAUCCUCCGCUGCACGAUGACCGCCGCCCCACCUGCUAAAUAA